AUGAACAUUUUUAUAUGUUUAUUGGAUUGUGACGUUGAAGCAAUCGCCGAUUUAGCGAUGGAAGUGCUAUAUCGAAUAAGCGGAAUGAAACUUGAUAAAGUCUCGAUAAAAAUGGCCAAAGGAAACACUUUACCGAAAAUGGUCUUUAUUAUUAAAAAUAAAGUUAAGAGAUAUACCGAUAAAGCUAUAGAAAUAAUCGAAAAUUGCGUUCGAAAUAAAGAGGCUGCGAUUUAUUUCGGGUUUAAAAUUGAUUUUAUUAUUUUAUUAGGGUUCUUAGUUGAAUGUGAUAAUAACACUUUAAUUAAAAUAUUACCCAUAUUUAGCACGAUGACUAAAAUCCCGGUGAUUCGAAAAAAGAUUUAUUACGAAUCCGGGGAAGAUAUUUUAUUUCAAAGCUUGAAAUAUCGAAACGAAGACGUCGUUUUAAACAUGUGCAAAAUAAUUACUAACUUUACGAUGCAUAAAGAUUGUUUGGAGAAGAUGUUAACACCUCAAUUAAUUAAGUAUUUGCUUGAAAUUUUCGGGCAAUUCCCCAUGGAUCCACAUAAAAUUAACGCGAUGUUAGCGAUUUAUUCCUUUGUAAAAUACGAACCCGCAACGAUUAAUUAUUUAAAAUACACCGGGGGUUUAGAUGAUAUCCAAAGAAUUUUUUUGGAGGAACAAGAUGGAUUUCCCACCAACAUUUACGAAAUGAUCACUGAAAUAAUUUGUUGCGUCGUUUGUUCCCCUCUAAAAUGCAAACUCAACAUCCCAAAAUUAUGCGAAAAACUUUUGGAUUUAUUAAGAUCCAACUAUCCAAACGUCAAAAUCAUAUUGAAAAUGAUCGCGAUGUUAGUCCAAGAAUCAUCGUUUAGGCAACAAUUCAUUCUUUCAAACGGACCGGAGUAUUUUAUUUCUGUGAUACAAACUGAUUCAUUCAGCCAAACUUAUCAAUUAAAUCUUAAUAUAAUUAAAAAUGUUUUAACGUACGAAGAAAUUUCGAAUCAAUUUCUUAAUUUGGGAUUAAUGACCAUAUUAAAAUCGAUGAUGAGUAAAGGAAAAUUAGACCCAAAUAUGUUCGAGGAGAUCUUAUCUGGCUUAUACAAUUCUUGUUUACCCAUCAAAUUUUUCGAUAACAAAUUUUUAACCGAGCAAGAUAUAAUUACUAGUUUAUUCUUUUUAUUUCAAGAAUAUAAACUCCAAGAUGAUUCAACCGAAUUUAAACCGAUUUACAUCGUUAAUCUUCCAUUAUACGACGAUACCGAUUCUUCAACAUCAGAAAAUAUAAUAACAGAAAACCCUGAAUCUGCAUCAAAACAAUCUACAUCGACAAAAUCGACAACACCAGAAAGUAUUCUUCUAAAAACCCUAAAUAAUCACUCGCCCGGAAUGAGAGCCAUACUUUCAUAUUCCUACGGAGAUUAUUCAAUCGAAGAAAAUUUCUUACCCGAAGAUGACUACUUAGACGAAUACAUCGAAGAUCUUCAAAACGAAUUAUCACUAUCACAACUCGACGUAGUCGAAAUAACCAAAAAAAUCGCUUUAUUCGUUCAAAGACAAUUAUCGGGGAUUCUUCUUACCGAUUCUGAAGAAGAAAAGCUUUCGAUUUUUAAAAGACACAUCGAUGAGAUUUGUGCGAAAUUGGGCCAUAGAUUUAUACCGAUUGGAUAUUUACGAAUGGGGUAUCUUUGCGAAAAGGCGUUUUUAUUUAAGGUUUUGUGCGAUAGUAUUGGUGUGGCGUCCAGUUUUCAUCAGGAAAAAGAGGGAUUAUUUUGGAAUAGCGUUUCGAAGGGAAUGGGUGAGGAUGAUGUUUACAUUGUGGAUUUUAAAAAUGAUAUUGGCGAACUUAUUCAAAUUGAUAGUGAUGAGGCACGCGUUUAUUUGGAGAAAGAAGAAUAA